AUGUCUGCUACUACAGUUAACCAACCUCGUUCUCAAAUUUUUACUUGUUUGGCUUGUCAAGUUGCGUUCAAUACGGCUGAAGCUCAAAGAACUCACUAUGGAACUGAUUGGCACCGCUACAAUUUGAAAAGAAAAGUUGCCGACUUACCGUCUGUUACAUCCGAAGUUUUUGCUCAAAAGGUUUUGGCCCAACAAGCGCAAAGUAAAGAUGCCGACAGAAAAGCUAGCUUUUCCGCGGAAUGCACCGCUUGCAACAAAAUUUAUUAUUCCGAGAAUGCUUACGCAAAUCAUUUACAAUCUAAUAAACAUAAAGCUGCUGAGGCAAAAGUUGUCCUGGAAGGAACAAAUCCGAAAAAAAAUAUAAUUAUUCAUUCAAAACCUAGUGCCGAAGGAACGCUGCAAAUACAGAAUGAAAGUGAUAUUAAUUCAAUUAUUGACAAAAAGAUUGAAGUUGCAAUAGCAUUAGAGGAGGGGGACUGCCUGUUUUGCACACAAAGAUUCGAAUCAUUUGAUGAAAAUGUACAACAUAUGACAAAAAUUCAUAGUUUUUUCAUACCGGAAAUAGAGUACUUAAUUGAUAUUCACGGAUUAAUUAAAUACUUGGGUGAAAAAAUUUCUGUUGGAAAUGUUUGUUUAUACUGUAAUGGACGAGGAAAAGGAAUGAAAAGUCUUGAAGCUGUUAGGCGUCACAUGAUCGAUAAAGGUCAUUGUAAGAUAGCUUAUGAAACUGAUGAAGAUAUUAUGGAACUUGUCGAUUUUUAUGAUUUUACUACUAAAGAUAUGGAAUUAGUAUUGCCAUGUGGUAAAAGACUUGGUCAUCGAUCUUUGCAGAAGUAUUACAGACAAAACUUGCGUCCUAUUGAGGAACGAGAUGCUUCAAUUAUAAAUCGUCUUAUCACUGAAUAUAGUGGUAAUUCAGAAUAUACGAGACAAUCUGGGAGACUUUUGAUCACUAGAGAUAAUGUAUAUAAAAAUUAUCAACCUCGUUAUGUCUCCUUACGUGAGAAACAAUAUCAACAAGUUUAUGAUACGCGUAUUGGUAUGAAAGCCAAUAAAUUACAACGCCAUUUUAGAGCACAAAUUUUGUAA